AUGGAGCGUUCAGAUCCCGACGGAAGCCCUUUGGCAAGGAAGAGACCAGCUACCCGCAAGAAGUUCGCCAAAGAGGUCUACAAACCUUCAAACCGUUUGCUACCUCCCAACAAGCGGCUCUGGGCAAGCGAGAACGCCAAUGAUGUUUCGGAAGAUACUACUUCGUCGAAAGAAAUCCAGAAAGCGGAUGAACUUGUUCCUCUUAAGAAGGGAAAGGGUAAAGUUGAUGGAGAGAGUGAGGCGAAGGAGAAGCAGAAACCAGGACGAAAGAUAGCAAAUAAACUGGUCAAACUGUCAGACAAGUCAAAUGCCCAGAAGGAGCUCAUAACCAGACCGAGCGGCAGAGUAACACGCUCAUCGGCCAUGACCAACACCCGAGUCGGAAGAUCGAAGAUGAGCGUGCUCGACGAGGCUGCGGAUGAGAGGCGGGGCGCUAAAGUGGAUGGUGAAGACGGAGGAGAGGAAUACGACAAUUUCUUGGAUGUUUCGGCCGACCACCGUAUCCACCCCUUCACCAGAAGCACGAAACUACCCACCCAACAAUCGCUGGGUGCGGAUGUCACGCUGACGUUCGAUACCGAUCGGCACGCUCGAGCGCUUGCUGAUUGCUCGCCAAUCCCUCGGAUCGGCGGCCAUCACGCGGGCAGCGGAAGUACCAGCACGGUCGGCGUGAGCAAGCGGCCCGCAAAAUCGGACCGUUCGCCCCCUCAUCCACCAGCCAGAAAAACACGCGCAAAACUUAAUGCUCCUCCCCCUCAAGCUUCAACUCAUCAGCCAUCACCACCCAAGAAACGCGUGCGACGCCAAGCUGCAACCAAGUCAUCCAAACCGAAGGCUUCCGAGUCACCUAUGAGCGAUGACCCAUUGAUGAUCUAA